AUGCAAUCGAUGCAGGCGAUGGGCGUACGGUGCAUGUCGGAGGACGAUACGAGCUUGCACGGAGGCAUUCUAGGAGAUGGAUGCGGCCUCGGGAAGACCCUGACUGCGCUUGCGGGGAUCUGGUUCGCCGCUGCGAAGCAGGAGGCCCGCGGCGACACCGAGUUUCGCUCAACCUUGGUUGUAUGCCGUGCGCCGCUCGUCGAUACCUGGAUCGACCAAGUCGUGUCAUACUUCGGUGAUGCCCUCACGCUGAGACUGUACCACGGGAACGUGACGACAGUCCGGGAUGCGGACCCCCGAAAGGAGCGUAUCAUCGAUAACCUUGGUGAUUGGAUGGAUUCUCUCGACAUUGCCAAUCCGCAAACCGCGCGUACGUUGAUCCUCACGUCCUACCAGACCCCUCCAGAGUUUGAAAAACUAGAGCGCCGUGGCCCUUCGAAAUAUCCACCAAUCCCUAUCGAAGGCCAAGACGAUACGAAAACCCGCGCAACGUACGCCUGUGCGGCAACUGGACUGAACCUACAUGCUCACUACGCCCAUGUGCUACUCUUCGAGUCUACCAUAAACCUGAACGGCGCAUUUCAGGCGGUUGACCGCAUGCGCCGCCUCGGCCAGCGGGACCUGCAGAGGGCUUAUCUCCCGGUCAUGGACCAUACCUGUCAGUGGAUGCAGAAAUACAACAACAUGAUGAAGCAUCUGCCUGGCUACGUAGCCCUGCAUAAGGACACCAUCGAGGCCGCCUUGGCAGUUGUAGAGCGGAGACGUGAGAAAGAUGCCGCCGCAUCCACGCUGCCUAUCCUAAAGGCUAUGAGAAACAGAUGCUCCGCCUUACACAUACCCUCCCCCGGCUUCUGGAAACCGGCGAAUCUCGGCGAACAGAUCUCAGCACCGAGACGACCACCACCACCGGAGAGACUGAAAGGCACGGCCGAGACCUACGAGGGCAUCGAAGAUUGA